UAAGAGCAGUCAAAAUAAUUAAAUUAAUAUUAAACCAUGGAAAGCUUCGACGAUUCGGAAAUGGUUUACUGUCCGUACAACAAGGAGCACAAAAUGCUGCGCAAGAAACUCCAGCAGCACAUUCUGAAAUGCCGUGUGCUCUACAAAGACACGGUGGAACUGAUGGUUUGUCCCUUCAACAAGGGGCAUUUAAUUCCAGAGCCAGAGUUUUUUCAACACACAAAAUCGUGUGAGGAUCGCAAGAUUAUAGUGCAUUAUCAGAAUAGUGCACCUGCGGUGUUGGACGAAGACACCAGGCAUCCGAAGAUCGAGUCCGAAGAAAACUGGGACGACGAUAAUGUUCCCGACUACGAUCCGCAGAUCUAUUGUGCUACAGCCAAUAUAGUGAGGGAGCCAAAUGGAUUGUUUCCGGCACAGCGGAAGGCUUUUAUCAAGGAGGAGAAUCGUCGUCAACUUGGCGAGGAUUACGAGGAGGAGGAGAAGAAGCCUCCAAAGGCCAAGUUCCGCGGCGAAACCCGUCCCGCACCCUACGAGCCCAGGAGGCCAUACUCAAGGCGUCAAUAGUUGGAACACGCAAAGAUUUCCAACAAAUGAUGACAACGAUGAAAAACCAAAGUUUUUUUUAGAGGCUUCUACCGAGCUCGCAAGUUAUAAAAACCAAAGAAUUACAUGUUAAAUUACCGAUUUAGCAUGUGCUAUAAAACAAAUAAGAAACCAAAAUAUAAAGCGAGAAAUCAAAAUAUUCCUAAAAU